AUGUUUGAACAUGCAGUGGUUUCGGCCGACGAUAGAGAGCAUGUCAUAUUAAAGGCUCUCAAGCUUGGUGCUGCACAGUAUAUAGUCAAACCAGUUUGCUUUGAUGAUGUGAAAAACCUAUGGAAAUUUGUUGUCAAUGCCGAUAGAUCACAUAAAGAAAUUUCUUUUGUUGAGGAAAUCGAAAGUGGUGGCGAACAAUCAAGUGAGACAAGUACAUCUGACGAGGAUACAAAUGGUGAUCAUGAGAAAAAGAAUUCCAAGAGAAGAAAAUCAACAAAGGAAGGCAAUGCUCCAAAAAAGGCAAAGUUGAUAUGGACGCAAGAGCUCCAGGCUCGGUUUCUGGAAUCUGUUCAUUUUAUAGGCCUGGAAAGGGCUGUUCCGAAAACAAUUCUUGAGGUCAUGAACGUUGAAGGCCUGACUAGAGAAAACGUGGCGAGCCAUUUGCAGAAGUAUAGACAAUUUUUAAGGAGAGUUGCAGUAAAGAUUUCAGUAAGUAAAUCGAAUAUUGGUAACAAGUCCCAGACGUCAAGCUCUACAUUCGGGCAAAGCCAAACUUCGAUAUUCCAGCAGCAGCCCAUUUCUGGACAGAAUCUCUCCAUAAAUCUUAUUGCUUCAAGCCUCGGACGUCCCCUUUUUCAUGCCAAUCACCACGAAGCAUCAACCACUUCCGUGCCUCCAUUCGGAAACACAUCACACUUAUAUCAACCGAAUUCUCUAUCACAUUUCCAGAUGCCGCAACCUGCUUUCAUGGGGUACCCAGGGUCUUUCCAACCAGCCAAUUACUCAUCAGUUAAUGGGAGUGGAUUUCAGACAAACAAUGUUCAAAGCAAUUGGUCAAGUGCUAAUGGACUCCAAGCUCAAACAAGUCCACUGACCAACCACCUAUAUGGCAAUUACAAUAACGAUGGCAUGAGUACAGGGUUUCAGUUUGGUUCAUGGAAUGGAACUAUGGGAUUUCUGAAUGAUUCUAAUAGUCUCAUCACCAACAACUACUAUGGUGGACUCCCAAUGAGUGGUGCUGCUUCUGUAGGGCUAGCUGGAUUUAACUCGAAUCAAAACCCUAAUUUGAUGGUGGUGAAAUACGGCUGGGCUUCAUCAACUAGUGGACUCGAUACUAAUUUUUUUGGAUCGGUUCUGAAUGAUAUUGAUCAAAGUGAGCUUCAUCAAGAAAUGAACAAUACUUCACCAACGGGUAAUUUGAUGUUCGGUAACAAUAAAUUUUCAGGCGUGGAGGAUGCUUCAUCAGUUGGUUUUGGUGGUAUUACAACUGUGGAAGCUGCGGCUUCUAGCUCUAAUGUUGUAGACGUAUCACCAAAUCAGAAUCAAACCGGCGAGUACUUUGAUGAACUUCAUGAUAUCUUAUUCAACGAUACCAAUUUGCAAUCUGUCAACCAGGAAGAAGGAAAAGAAGUGGUCAAUUUGUAUGAGACUAAUGCAAAUGCGGUUCAAGAAAAUGCUUCCUUGCUCAAAGAAUCCAACGGCCAGCAGAAUUUUAAUAGAGAACUGAACGAAGAACUCGAGUUUGACUGGUUGGAUCUAUUGGAUGCCACAGCAAUUCUAGAUAAUGUCUCCUUAGAUGAGGAAUGGAAGAAGUUUAUGGACUCAAUCCUCAACCACUGA